AUGUGCGGCGUCUUUGCUAUCUGCCAACAAACUUGCCAAAAAGGGCAAAAGGUCGACAUCGAUGAAGCUCGAAAGCUGUCGAGAAGACAACACCAUCGUGGACCGGACUUCAACGGAUUCUACCAGGACAAGAAGACCGGAGACAUCCUCGUCCAUGAGCGUCUGGCCAUCAUGGAUCUAGGAUGUGUUCAGCCUAUACAAGGAACAAGACCAACACGACAGGUGAUUCACAACGGUGAAAUCUACAACCAUCAAGCUCUUCGUGACACUGAGCUCAAGCAAUUCAAGCUCAAGACUACUUGUGACUCGGAAGUCAUUAUCUUCUUGUAUGAGAGAUACCGUGAUGGUCACAUCUGCAACAUGCUCGAUGGAGUGUUCGCUUUUGCUCUCUGCUAUGACGGAGACUUCCUCGCGGCUCGUGACCCAGUUGGAGUCAAGCAAUUCUACUAUGGAAUUGAUGCCAACGGAAGAUACUUCUUCAGUAACGAGAUGAAGUGCUUGGAAGACAGCUGUGGAGAUAUCAAGAUCGAGUCCUUUCCACCAGGACACUACUACACUCCAAAGACCGGAUUUGUUCGUUACUUCAACCCACAGUGGUUCGACUACAGAAACGCCAUUCAAGCAUUGGACCUCAAACUUCUCCAGAAGACUAUGAUUGCUGCUGUCCACAAGCGUUUGAUGUCUGACGCCCCAAUCGGAGUGUUGCUUUCCGGAGGUCUCGACUCCAGCUUGGUCAGCUCUAUUGCCUCGAGAGAAAUGAAGAGAAGAGGGAUGACCGUUCACUCUUUCUCCAUCGGUGUCGAUCACAACUCUCCAGAUGUGGUGGCUGCUAGAAAGGUGGCCAAGUUCAUCGGAACCACUCAUCAUGAAUUCUACUUCAGCAUUCAGGAAGGAAUCAAGAACCUCCGCAAGCUGAUCUGGCACCUCGAGUCUUACGAUGUAACCUCGAUCCGUGCUUCUACUCCAAUGUACUUCCUUUCUGAAGAGAUCAGAAAGAAGGGAAUCAAGGUUGUUCUCUCUGGAGAAGGAGCUGACGAGAUCUUCGGUGGAUACCUCUACUUCCACAAUGCCCCAUCCGACGAGGAGUUCCAAAAAGAAACCAUCGACCGUGUUCUUCAUCUCUACACUUCUGAUUGCCUCCGUGCUGACAAGUCUUCCAUGGCUCACUCUGUCGAAGUCCGUGUGCCAUUCCUUGACAAGGCCUUCAUGGAAGCUGCCAUCACCUUGGAUCCAGCAUUCAAGCGUCCACAGAAGCUCGAGGACGGAAGAAACUGCGAGAAGUUUGUUCUUCGCUCUGCCUUCAACACUGAUCAAUACCCAUAUCUUCCGGAUGAGAUCCUCUGGAGACAAAAGGAACAAUUCUCCGACGGAGUUGGAUACAACUGGAUCGACUCUCUUAUGCAACACUGUGCCUCUAAGAUUACCGACAAGGAAUUCGCCCAGGCUUCCAAGUUGUUCCCACACAACACUCCUCACAGCAAGGAGGCAUUCUACAUGAGAAAAAUUUUCCAUGAGCUCUUCCCAUCGGACCAAGCUGCUCUGACUGUCAGAAAAUGGAUUCCAAAGUGGCAAAAGAACCAAGACCCAUCAGGAAGAGCUUCCCUUGUUCACGAAAGUUCCUAUCACAACUUAGGCGAGGACAACUGCAACGGAAAGUCCGCCAUCACCCAGCAACGUAUUGAGCAGUGCAGACCACAAGCAUAA